UACCCUUGUGAUUUAACGAGAGGUUGGCGCGCGAUGACUAAAAUCUGGCGUCGUGUUGCAGACUGGUGCUGAGCUGCGGCGAGUAACCUGGUGUUGGCGGUGGUCUGCUUCCUGGGAUGGUGGCGUCGCUCAUGAUGGGUUCCAACACCACCAACACGCUCCUCCAGCAGCAGCCGCCCUUACCCCGCCUCACACACCACCACAGUAACGCGUCAAAAGAUCUCGAUGCUUCUGAUUUAUCCACCACCCAGCACUACCUCAAUGUACGUGACUCAAAUCUACAAGAAAACUCCAAUCAACUCUACCAGAAAGAUAAGUCACAUAACAAUAGUCUCAAGAUGCAAGAUGGUGAGAGGAAAGAAACAGAGGAUAAUGUUUCUCAGAUUAAGGAGGAAACAGAGAUCAUAGAAGAGACUAAGGAACAGGAGGAGAAUGUCAGCAGACGUCAGGAGCUUUAUCAACUACAAGGUCAGGAGCAGGAGGAAGAAGAAGGUUGGGAGGCUGGAGAAUGGCCUGGUUCAGAUGCGUUGUGUCAGGGAGCAGCCUUCUUCAUCAACUUGGUCACUGCUGGGUCGGCCAUCACAGUAGCCAUCAUUGCUUUAGACAGGUACUUGGCCAUCGUUCGACCAAUGGUGUACGGGCUGAUGGUGACUGGUAAUAGGUGUUUGCUGAUGCUGGCCUGGUGUUGGGUACAGGCACUGCUAACAGCCCUUCCGCCUCUCCUGGGAUGGGCCAGGUAUGAGCAUCGAGGACCUGAGGGACGGUGUGGGGUGGCGUGGAGCAGCUCCCCCUCAUACACCGCUGUCUGGGUCAUCACUGUUUUUCUCACUCCUGUCAUUAUUAUGCUUGUCUGCUACUAUUUUAUUCUUCAGGUUAGUUUCCUUAUUUCGUCAUGGUUGGCAUUGGAAAUACAGUGUCACCUUUAUCAAAUUUUAUGAGUCGGUACUAUUCCU